GAAAAUAUAUUUAAAGAUAUAACUACCAUAACAAUUUCGGCAGGUAUAUACUUUGUUUACGAAAGUCUGACAAUCAUAUUCAGCGCAAAACUUACUUUGAAAAAAAAACCUCACUUUUUGUAGGAAAUGUGUUGAGAUGGUCAGGAGAAAAAUGGAUUAAAGAGUCUCGUAAAGUAUAUAUAAAGCAGCUGGUGUCUUGACACUAAUUUUCAAUGUUCAGUUCAACUGACAGAGAAGUUUGAGUACGUGCUUCAAAGAUGUCACCCAAAAUGGGACUAUAUGGAUUAAUACCAGCUUCGAUUGCUAUCUUGUUCAUAGCUGUUGCCAUCGGUGUGAAUAGGUGGCAGUAUAAAAAGGAAUCUAUGUCUAAAUAUAUACAACAUGAAAGUUAUACUGGCCUGUGGAAAUUAUGCAUUGAAACAACUCUGACGUAUUCGAAGCCGUCAGUGACAAAUCUUGGAACAAUUACUGUGAAAGAAACGUCGUCAACAUGCGAUGACAUCGCCGCCUUCUCCACACAGAAAACGUUGAAGUUCAUCAGCGUCGUGAAAUAUAUUCUAUUCGCGACCCUCGUGUGCAUGGUUCUGGCGAUACUGGGAACGCUAGUAAAACAUUUCGUGCUGAAGGAAUGGUUGCACGAGAAACAGCAGAUAGGACUGGGUUAUAUAACUGCCAUGUUGGCUUUUCUGACUGGAGUUCUAGCAAUUGCGGCAUUCGGUGUGUAUGGUGCUGAAGUGAAGUACGAAGGGUAUACCCUUCAAGCAGGGUUCUACCUUGCUGUAACAGCUGCUAUAUUGUCAUGGAUUUCGGCAGCAAUGUUUCUUGCAGGCAGUAUUUGUAUUGGGGCAAAAAUGUAUCCCGAUAUGAAAUGAUUUCAAUGAAAUGUCGACGCUAAUAGACAUUGAACUAAAUCUGCCACAUUUUUAUUUGUAAAUAGGUGGCUUGCCAUCAAAUAAAUUCUAAGGAAUGACGAAAGUAUCAUUUUAUGAAAAGAGACUGAAAUUGAUUCAUAAACAAUUGUACAAAAUUACUACUUGUUAGUAUUUAUGACAUAUUUGAUUAAAAAACACUCAGUGAAACCUUAUCUUUUAUGUAUAAAGUAUUGUGUGACGGUCAAGUAAUUCUAUAGCUAAAUCUACCUACAGUAUGAACAUGUACUCCCACUAAAAAGAUUGGCAGAUAUUUUCACAAAUGACUUAUUUUAAAAAAAAGUCAUUUAUUUGUAAAAGCAGCACGACAUACUCUGUUGGAUUUUAUAUUUCUACAAGUUAAAUUCAGUUGACAAGGAUUUUCUACAUUUAAAAGAAAUAUCAAAUGGAGAAAGAUGCGGACUGUAGUACUGUAGUUUAUCUUUAACUGUAGAGUGUCCGAUUAAAAUGCAUAUUUUGAUCAACAUACUCCGAUAUUAAAUCAAAAGAUAUGUAGAAUUAGAUACUCCAAUGCCUGGACAUUUUCAAAUGUUUUAGCAAAAAUAGUUACACAUGACCUUGACAUCUGGCUAUGAUCAACAGUAAUAUUCAAAUGACUGGAACUGGCCUAUUCACUACGUCACCUUGAGUUAACCCACUCUAUGUUGGCAUUCUACGAAGCCUGAUGUCAAGAAAUGUUUUGAGUUUCAAGGACACCGUAAACAUGGUCUGUGACUUAUUUUCUCUAUCUCGCGAUAGUUCAUGUUCGUUCGUCAGGAGACCGUAAUACCAAGGGCAUGUGUCUAACUUGAACCAGAAGUGAUACUUUUUGUUCACAUACAUGUAGGAAAACGUUUUCAAGAUGACCUUGUUUCAUCAAUUUGGUCAAAGGUCAUGGUUGCCGCUUUUCUUAACAAUAUGCUAAGUUGAUCAACUGACAAGAUGUAUACGGGGUCCGUAUUGUGUAAAUGCACGUAAAUCACGUUAAACGGUAACAGAAAUACCGGAAACUAGCAGAUUUACAUUCUUAAUCAAAAAUAUUUUUGUUAUAUGUGUUGUUUUUUCUUUGAAUUACGCAUGUAUAUAUACAUAUCAGAAUACUUAUCUUAAAAUAAUUUAACAAAUGAAAAAUUGCAAACUUUAAUCAAUAUUGCAAAUACUAUUUAACCUGUUUCACUUAGUUGAAAAUAAACAAACUAUCACUGUUUUUAUUAAACAUUACGUACUUUUCAAUAAUAAGCCUUUUAAAGACAUAUAAUCUAUUGUAUUAAUUCGGAAUUUUUCAAUACUAUAUUGAGAAAGUUAAAAUACUUAUCAUAAAAUAUUGAUAUUCGAGGAUAUAAUUUAAAGCACCCCUUAAGCCAAAUAUUGAUGAGAACGACUUUUCAGGUUAUUAUUAACUUAGUGAUAAAACUAUGGCACCUGAAAACGCACCAAACUAAACUGAACUGAAAUUCCAGAUUUUUAAAUUCUACUCAGUUAUUUCUUUUUCGUGAAAAAAAAAUGGGAUUACAAUACGGUAUUUUGUUGUAAAACUUUGAAGAAUAGAUCGGCAUGAUUGGAAUAAAUAA